AUGAAGGCCAGUGCUCCCAAGCCCAAGUGGAGCGACGUCUCAGCAAUGAGUUCGACCACGAAAAGCUAUUGGGCCCAAUGGGACAGCUUGCUGAUUCAGGAUGGAGUCCUGUGCAGUAAACGGGAAAAUGAUCGGGGAGACAGAUGUCAUUUGCAAAUGGUUGUCCCUAAGGCUAAAGUACCGGAUGUUCUACAGCUGUACCAUAGUGGUUCUUCAGGAGGCCACCUGGGAGUUAAACGAACUCUACUGAAGAUCCGAGAAUGGUUUUACUGGGUCCACUGUCGUGACGAUAUCAAGGACUGGUGCCGCAAAUGUACAAGUUGUGCGGCUGUAAAGGGACCUCAAAUUCGUAGUAGAGGCGCAUUGAAAUUGUACAAUGUUGGUACACCAUGGGAGAGGAUAGCCAUUGACGUUGCGGGGCCGUUUCCGGAAAGUGAAAGUGGUAAAUGUUUCAUGGUUGUGAUGGAUUACUUCACUAAGUGGCCAGAAGUCUUCGCCAUUCCAAAUCAAGAAGCUUCAACAGUUGCAGAUAAACUAGUUCAUGAAGUCUUCUGUCAUUUUGGAGUACCCUUAGAGAUUCACAGCGAUCAAGGAAGGAAUUUUGAGUCUCAAAUAUUCCAGGAAACUUGCUGA